AGCUGUUCUGUUAUUUUCAUGUGGGGGGAAAUUUGUGACAAAUGGUGAAGGUGAAGUGAGAUAUAAUGGAGGUGGCGUGAGGUUAAGAAGCAUUAAGGAUGGGCUGACACUUGAUGAAUUGAGGCUAAUGAUAUCUGAGUGGAUUGGUGGCGAUGGAAGAAAUUAUGACAUUAAGUACACAGUGGCCUUUGAUGAGAAGACAUUGAUUGACCUUCAUGACAAUGCUGAAAUGUAUAACCUCUUUCAAUACAAUGGGAACAGCGGUCAUGUGUAUGUCGCCGAAAAAAGACAAGUGGGUCCCCAACCAAGGGACAAUGUAGAAAUAACAGAGAGAUUCAUGGGCAUGUCACAGCAAACUGAACUGGAUGCGUCUCCCAUUAGUUUGUGUUGUGAUUAUGGCUGGCUCAGUGAAGAAAAUGCUCGUGAAUGUGACAAUGAUGAAAUAAGUGGGCCCCCUAAUGUGGAUAAAUCUAUCGGAGCUGAAGAUACGGAUGGUAGUGAGAUGGUUCAUGCGGAAUGGAGGGGACUUUUAACAGGAGUGGGCCAACGUUUUCCUAGUGCAGAUGUAUUUCGGGUGUCUGUAUACAAGUUUGCACUUGCAAACAAGUUUGUGGCCAAGUAUAUGAGGAAUAGCAAGGAAUUCAUGUCGAUAAGGUGUAAAGUUGAGGGUUGUCCAUGGAAGCUAUGUGCAAAUCAUGUGGGGAAGAGUUGUGAUGUGCUACGAGUGACGACAUUUAUAAACCGGCAUGUUCAUUCUGCCCAAGAUAGCUUGGACGUGAUGCAUAGUGGAAGAGCUAGUUUGAACUCAUCAAUAAUAAUUGAUGAGAUGAGGGAUCAUGCAGACAAGCGCACUUCUGAGAUAAGGAAGAGGUUGAAACGAGAGUAUGGGAUUGAUCUAACAUAUAAACAGGCUUAUAGAGCAAGAGAGUCACUGGAAGACAUAUAUGGCAGGCCCGAACAAUCAUACAUGCUCAUACCAUGGCUAUGCGAAAGGAUAAAGGAAACAGAUGAAAAAUCAGUGGCUGAAUGGACUGCUAUUGGGAACCGGUUUGAGCGUGUUUUCAUUGCUUACGGGGCAUGCAUUGAGGGUUUCCUGGGUGGCGCGAGGCAUAUUAUGUAUGUUGAUGGAACUCACUUAAGCGGACCAUACAAGGGGACAAUGUUGUCAGCUUCAGCUUAUGAUGCAGAUAACGAGCUGCUGCCAUUUGCAAUUGCAAUUGUGAAGGGAGAAACACUAGAUGACUGGACGUGGUUUUUCUAUAUGAUAAAAAAAAUCCUGGGUUCUGUGGAAGUAACGAUUGUAUCAGAUCGACACAAUGCUAUCAUCGGAGGAGUGGCAUCAAUCUUUGGGGGUCAAAGGACGGAUGAGAAAUUUGAGGCAGCAAUGGAUGACAUGAGAUCCUUUUCUCCAAGGCUAUUUGAUUGGCUUAUUCAUCAUGGGGAUGUAGAUAGGUGGGCUAAAAGUAGGUUCCCAUAUAAAAGAUGGGACAAUAUUACAACCAAUAUAGCAGAAUCAUUCAAUUCAUGGAUGGUGAAUGAGAGAAAGCAUACUGUACCCCAAUUGAUCUAUGAGCACCGAGAUAAAGUUGCAAGAAAGCUGCAUGCCUCCUAUGUGGGUAUGACCAAAUGGAAGAAUUGCGUUGGUCCAAAUAUAGAGAGUAAGGUGCUGGAUAUGGUGGCUGGGUCUGACCAUAUGUAUGCUGAAAAUUAUGGUGGGGGAAGAGUGAAGGUGACAACAUCACGUGGAGACCAUCGGGUUGAUCUUGGACUACACCAAUGCAGUUGCAGAUCUUGGCAAAUGACGGGGAUCCCUUGUUCCCAUGCUUGUGCUGCCAUCAAGAUUGUGCACGGCAAUGUUUAUGAUUAUAUUGAUAAUUGCUAUAAAAAGUCAUCACAAGAAAAGAUCUAUGCUCGCAGUAUGAUUCCUGUGGUAACAACAGACAUGCCUCACCCAAAUGACUACUAUAGAAUAGAAAAUGUCAGUGAGCAAGUUUUCUUGCUACCUCCCAUGACAUCCCGACCACCAGGAAGGCCAAAAGUAAACAGGGAUGAAUCACAGUUCCAGAACAAACGGAUAUACCACUGUGGAAGAUGCCACCAGCCUGGACACACAAGGAGGAAUUGCAGAAAUCCUAACCCAUCAUGA